AUGUUCCGCUUCCUUCUUGUUGCCUCGGCCUUCAUUGCCUGCGCAUACGCUGCUUCCCAGAGCGACGCUUAUGCCACCGGCAGGAGCGACAGUGAUAUCCAGCCUGACGGUAGCUACAGGUACUCAUAUGAAACCUCCAAUGGAAUCGCUGCUCAAGAACAAGGAGUUGGUGGAUACUCUACCAGCGGUGGAUUCUCUUACUACUCGCCAGAGGGUGAACUGAUCCAGACUUCAUACGUUGCCGAUGAGAAUGGCUUCCAGCCUCAAGGCGCCCAUCUGCCCACACCACCACCCACUCCCGUGGCUAUUCUUAAGGCUCUGGAAUACAUUCGUACCCACCCACAAUACCAAGAACCAGCCCAGGGUCAACAGUUCGUUCGCCGUCAACCUCAGGUUGUCCGCAAGCCCUUCUUCGGUUAA